GCCGCUGUCCGUGACAAGCACCGUGUAGGGCAGCCCCUGCGCGUCGAUGAGCAGGCGCCUAUAGAGCCGUGCCCCUUCGCCGUCGCUCCCCGGCGCCUCUUUACACACGGUCCCUGCCCGGGCGGCGGCCGCCGGGAGGAUGCGGAGCGGGCGACCCGCAGAGGUGCCCGGAGGCAGCGGGGGGGCCGGGGGGGUCCCCGCCAUGGCCGAGCGCCGCCGCCGACCCGUUAAAAAGGAUGAGGAGACCUUUGAGAUCUCGAUCCCCUUUGAGGAGCCCCCCCCGGUGGAGCCCCCCUUGUUCUACAGCAUCAGCCCCCCCUCGGGCGCCUACGAAGACCCCCCCGGGCCACGGGCGCAGCUGACCUUGGCCCUGGAGCGCAAUUCCUGGCUCCAGAAGCGGAUCCAGGACCUGGAGGAGGAGCGGGAUUUCCUGCGGAGUCAACUGCAGAGAUUCAUCUGGGGCAGCCAGGACCCCCCCCGCUGCCGGUGGGAGCCUCGGGCGGGGCCGGGGCCGGACCCUGAGGCCGAGGCCGCGAGCGGCGGCUCCAGCCCCGGCCCCGGCGCCGGCCCCGAGCGGCGGCUGCAGCGCCCCCGGCGGCGGCUCGGCCGGAGCCGGCCCCACGAGCGGCAGCGCGUGAAGGACGCCGACGGGGUCCUGUCCCGCUACAAGAAGAUCCUGACGACGUUCCAGCGCCUCAAGAGCAUGAGCCGCGCGUUCGCCCACCACCGCGUGGACCGGAACACGGUGGCUCUGACCACCCCCAUCGCGGAGCUGCUGCUCGUGGCCCCCGAGAAGCUGUCGGAGGUCGGCGAGUUCGACCCCUCCAAGGAGCGUCUCCUCGAGUACUCGCGACGCUGCUUCCUCGCCCUCGACCCCGACACGCUGCAGAAGGUGCAGGCCCUCAAGAAGAGCAAACUGCUGCUGCCCAUCACCUACCGCUUCAAGCGGUGAGCGGGGGGGGGACACCCGCAAACAGCCCUGAAACAGCCCUGAAACACCCCCGAACACCCUCAAAACAUGCCCAAACGCCCCUGAAACACCUCAAAACGCCCCAAAAUACCCCUGAAACACCUCAAAACGCCCCAAAACACCCCCGGAACAAUUCAAAAUGCCCCCAAACACUUCAAAACGCCCCCAAACGCCCCUGAAACACCUCAAAACGCCCCCAAACACCCCUGAAACACCUCAAAAUGCCCCAAAACACUCCUGAAACACUUCAAAACACCCCCGAAACACCUCAAAACGCCCCCCAAAAACCCUGAAACACCUCAAGACGCCCCCAAAACACCUCAAAACGCCCCCAAAUGCCCCUGAAACACCUCAAAACGCCCCCACAUACCCCUGAAACACCUCAAAAAUGCCCCCAAACACUUCAAAACGCCCCCAAACACCCCUGAAAAACCUCAAAACGCCCCCAAACACCCCUGAAACACUUCAAAACGCCCCCAAACACCCCUGAAACACGUCAAAACGCCCCCACAUACCCCUGAAACAAUUCAAAAUGCCCCCAAACACUUCAAAACGCCCCCAAACGCCCCUGAAACACUUCACAAUGCCGGAAAACACCCCUGAAGCACCUCAAAACACCCCCAAACAUGCCCAGACACCACAAAACACCCCAGAACACGCCAAAUCACCCCCAAAACAAGCCCAAACACUUCAAACCCCCUAAAAACAUGCCCAGACACCCCCAAAACACCUCAAAACAUGCCCUAUCACCCCCCAAAAAA